CAUCCAUCAUGGCAUCCAUCUUGAACGCCCCUCGGCGAAUUAAAAUUUUGGGGUCCUGCAUGCAAGCAUCGCACACAGCAGCACGCAUGCACGCGUGCCGAAGCGCAGAAGAAAGUCAAAGUCAAGUUGGAAGUCAGACGUCACGUGCAAGUAUCUGAAUUCGCGCACGGACUCUUGACUCGCAACUUAUUGGCAGGCUCCUCUAUGUAACUCGAUUAAGCAUCUGCUGGUCAAGCAUUCAGAUUCGAUUCAAAUUGGAUGCGUGCGCGCGCGCGCGCAAGAGGAAGGUACGAGCAGCCAGCAUGCAUGCAACGCACGCUCUUGGCCUCUCUCCUCUGCAUCCAUCAACGCUUCUCACCAUCACACCUCACACCCGUGACGCUUCAGCUUCACUUGGCCCAUCACAGCACACCAGCUCGCAGUCUAUGCUUCCUUCUUUGCGUCGUUUGACAUCCAUCCACCUUUGCACUGCAAAGCUACCUCUCGCACCAGCCGCAAUCGCUUCUCCUUUCGGCCUUCUCAACCAAACACCCUCUCGCCAUCUGAGCUCAUCCAUACCGGUCAUGUCUGCUCCUUACCAAGUCAUCGCAACCAAGGAUGCCCCAUCCGCCAUUGGUCCCUACUCUCAAGCAGUAGUGCACAACGGCGUUGCCUACUUGUCAGGCUGCAUUCCCCUCGACCCAGCCUCAAUGCAGAUAGUGCAAGGCGGCGUGGAGGAGCAGACGAUUCAAGUGCUCAAGAAUCUCGAAGCUGUGCUCAAAGCUUCUACAAAGGGUGGCAAGGAAAAUGCGCUGAAAUGCACCGUAUUUUUAAAGGAUAUGGGCGAUUUUGCAAAGGUCAAUCAGAUCUACGAAAACUUCUUUGCUCCAUACAAGCCAGCACGCUCAGCAGUCGAGGUAGCUCGUCUGCCGAAGGAUGUGCUGGUAGAGAUCGAAGCUAUAGCUGCAGUCAGCGCCUGAUCCCUUUGUCCCAUCAGGCGUCGUGCAGCCAAGUCAUCACGCUGCGCAAGGAGCCGCAGUGAGACCGCAGCAGAGUCGAUUGCAAUCUCAGUCAUCCCGUGUCAUUCUUCUGAGCUCUGAACGGCUCCACAACAGCAGGAGUGGAGUGAGGAGUGGCAACCGUGAAAGGAAGCAGGGUGGCAUUGCGCUUGUAUUAUGAUUGCGGCGAACGAGUUGCAAUUCGUUCGCCGGGGGAAAGCGUGUGUGCUGUGAAGCGCUACUCAGGCCGGCCUGCUUCGAUGCAGUGCGCCGCAGGCGCGAGUGAAGGUGCGUGCCUUGUGAAUCUAUAAUU